UGCAGGUAGUAGUCAGUAGGCAGUUAUUUUUGGCACUUUCGAUGCAAGGUCAAGAUCCAGAAGCUCAGAAUGCAGUCUCCAUCCUUCAGGAGUACAUUCAAAGUUGCUCUGACUUCCCACCACAUUCUCGAAUUCUGAUGUGGAACUUCGAGAAGCGUUUACAAGAAGAUUCGUUGUUGCAGUUCUGCGCCACAGUAUCUUUCGUCUUCAAGCAGGUGCCACACUUCUUUUGCGGCAGCUGGCAGACGUCCAAGAAAAAGGCUCAGAGGGAUACCGCUGAAAGAGUGCGACGCUACAUGAUGAAGCAAGGCGAAAACAUUCCGGAUGUGGACGCAGGAGGAAUUAGACCUCAAGCUGAUUCAGCUCUGGUUUUGGAGGACGCUGUGCGCGAGGAGCUCUUUAGCUUGCGUGAACAUUCUACGAGCAGGUGUCAGACGCAUGUGAAGACCGAGGUGGAGGAGCGUUUGGCUCAGAACAUCAAGGAAUUUCGCAUGAUCUUGCUCCUCUGUAUCAACUCAGUGCCGCAUCACUUUGCAGGCGCUUGGUGUACGUCUGUCCCUGCUGCCACUUCGGAUGCUUGUGAUCGGGUGCUGUGGUACUUUGGCGUAGGUGAAUCUUCAGCGUUCCAUGGUUCGCUGAACACAGCUGGGAGAGCAGCUGAACAGUCACCACCACAUCAGCUAGUUCAGAGCAAGGCGGAGGUGCAAAGAGACAACAAGGAUUUGGAUGACUGCAGCCCGGGAGGUGCCUCCUUGGCUGAGCGACCGCCUGUCGAGGAGAAGACGAUCCUCAUGCAGGUUCAGAACACUUUGCAGAAGACCUUCGCGAAGGACACUGCAGCUGGAGAGAAAGUUUGGGUUUGGACCUACAACGCUUCCAAAGAUGAUCCACAAGUGUUUCGUGCAGUCGCAGAGGUACCAUCCUUGGGACGUACCUUUGAGGGUGAUUGGUGCAGAGGGAAGAAACUGGCCCAAAGGAAUGCCUGCCUUGCAGUGAAAGCAUAUCUAGAUUCACUUCAAUGUGAAUCGUAGGCCAGUGAGGCCCAGCCAAAACGGACAGCCAAGUUUUACACAUGGAAUUGAGGCAUUUACC